GUGUAAUGAAAGCGUGAUGUUCAGCAUUUCAUCUAUCUAAAAUUACUUGAAUGCACCGAGUUUUUCGUGAAAACGAAACAAUUUAGGCUAUGCUAUUUUUUUUUAAUGAUUUGCCAAAGGAUCUUAUAUGUUUAUGAAAAUUCGUAGUGUUUGACUAACAAGGAAUAAACUAUUAGUGUGACAGCAAAAACAACGAAAGCUCUCCGAUGAUUCCCUAAAAAACGCUAAUCACCAACAUAAGGUCUGCACUUGACAGCGUCAACAUGGGACAAAAGGCUUUGGCCCCAGCCCCAGUCCCAGCCCCAGCCCCAGCCCCAGUUCCAGCCCCUUUCCAGAAUAAGUCUGCAGUUCCACGCCUUGUGAUAGCGAUCGACUUUGGUUCAUUUGCAAGUGGAUACGCAUACCAGUAUCGGUCAGAAUAUGACAGGGAACCUUUGAAGAUUCAUAUCAACACACAAUGGCAAUAUGGUGGUAUAUGUGCACACAAAACAAGGACUGCAUUAUUGCUGAAGCCUGACCUUUCGCUGGGAGGGUUUGGAUAUGCAGCACAACGCAAGUCCCGUACCAUUCAAAAAGACGAGAAGGAUGGGGACAACUGGUACUAUUUCGAGGGAUUUAAAAUGACACUCUACCACAAUCGUGACAAUCUUAAUGCAAACACCACAGUGGAAGAUGUGAAAGGUCGACAUGCGCCUGCUACACUGGUGUUCGGGAGGUCAAUCCAAUACAUGAAAGAGCACAUCCUCGAUCAUAUGCGAGAAAAUGGCGUGGCAUACAUUGAGGAGGAUACAAAGUGGGUGAUCACUGUCCCGGCCAUCUGGACAGAUCGUGCAAAAGGCUUAAUGAGAGAAGCGGCAACGGAAGUGGCUGGAAUCCGGCUGAACAACUUGACGAUAGCUCUAGAACCCGAGUGUGCUGCCAUCUUCUGCAGUCACUUUACCCGAGAACAGCUCGAAAUUAAGGACGUUAAUGAAAAAGUGCGUUAUAUUGCAAUACCAGGCUCCGUUAUAAUUGUUGUCGACAUUGGAGGUGGAACAGUCGACAUCACUACUGUUCGAGUUAGAGAAGGGGAAACUUUGGAGCAUAUACAUAAGUCAGGAGGUGGGCCGUUUGGCGGGAUGAAUAUUAAUGACGAGUUCUUUGAGAUGCUUGUACAAAUCACUGGCCAAGAUGUCUUUGAGGAAUUUAUCAUGGGAUACCCAGUUGAAUACCUCGACUUACAAGCGUCCUUUGAACACGAGAAGUGUCAGGUUCCGGCACAGGGCAAUCAUGAGAUAUUCAAUCUACUGCUUCCGGCUCCGCUAAAAAAAUUAUGGGAACGGAAAAGGGGACACAAAAUCAAACAUUUAUUACAGACUACACAUAUUCAAGGAAUACAAUUUGCAAAUUCGCGUCUGGCUUUUCCUCUGCGUGUUAUUUUGGAUUUGUAUGAUAAAUGUACCGCAGGAAUCCUUCAAUCUAUCAACAGCAUUUUGUCGCAUCAGGACGUUAAAAAUUUGCCGAUUUCUGCUGUAUUGGCGGUAGGAGGUUUUGCCAAGUCUGGCUAUGUGGUUGAUGCCUUGCGAAAUGGGAUUAGCAGAAAGGGAACCCCUGUACUUCGACCGGAAGAUACCGAAAUAGCCGUUGUAAGUGGCGCAGUUCUAUUUGGACACAAAGAAGAAAUAAUAAAUUCCAGAAUAAUGCCGUACACAUACGGUGUUGCUUGCGUUAUGGAUUUUAACACAAGACACAGAAAAGAGCACAAAUAUUAUGAUGGCAAGAAAUUCGUAGCAAAAAAUUGUUUCAGUAAGCAUGUAACUCGCGGUCAGACGGUGGAGCUGGGAAAAUGGAUCGACCAUAAAGAGUAUUUCCCAGACAGUGACUCGCAAUCAUCAACCACAAUCCACGUCUUUGCCUCUGAUAAAAUUGACCCGACCCAUACUGAUGAAGAAGGAUGCAAAUUCGUAGGAAAGUUUGAUGUUAAAUUUCCACCAUCCUCAUCCGUUGACAAGAAAACACGCGCUGUACAAGUUGCAUUUCAAUUCGGUGGCACGGAGCUGCAGGUGAAAGCCACCAGUCAUGAUGGGACAACGACAAUGGAAUGGUUAAACUAUACAUGAUUUGUGAGAUAUGUUACCUUAAAAAAUGUCAACUAUAACCGCAUGAAUGUUGAACCUUGGUGCAACCGAUUUGAGAAAAAUAUUUAUACGCUUUUCGGACGAACACAAAAUAAGUAUAUCAGUGAAAAAUAAGAGUGCUAAAAUUCGCAAUAUGUUUUGCAAAAGCAUCGUGUUCCAAUGUCAGUUACUUUUUCUUUUAAUUGAAAAGUUGCGCAAAAUAGCAACAAACAUGGAUUUACUUCAGUCUAUGAUACAUAUUACAAUAUCGUGUGACCUAUUAGUUUUACUCGCUUAUGUGUGCUUAUGUAUUGUAGUUACGCAUGCGAUGAAAGAAGAUAGGUUGCGAUAGGUGAAUGAUCGAAUAUUUAUAUAACUCGUAAUUAUAAAAGAGUUGUUUUCUAUAACCAUUCGUUGAAUUUUUCUUUCAAGCACAGAAAUUAAACAAAACAUUCCGCGAAAUGUUUUUUUUCAGUUAUGUGUGGAGUUUCAAGCGAUGAAUAAUUUGUCUUUUACGUUUGAAGGUUGUCUUUUGAAAUCGGAUCAAUCCAUAACAUUGCUCAUGUAAAGCAUUUACACUUUAAAGAGCGACAGCUAUAGUUACAUAGAUGCCUUCAAACGUUUGCAUAAGCCCUCAAAAAUUGAAAAUAUUCAGGUGUCUGGUUGCAAUUCUAACUAUCUGUUGGGUUUGUUUAUGUACAUUCGUUGCUAUUGUCAGAGAUGUUAUUAACGUUAUCGAAACGUUAGAGAUAGUCCACUUGUAUGAUGCUUUUAACCUAAAUUAUGCAAUUAAUACAUAAAUGCUCAAAACUGGUAAAGAAUAUAAUGUGAGUCCGUUGCAAAUAAUAAGACAUUACAGUUAAUAAUCAUUUUCGGAACAGUGUUUUUGUUUUUAAUGCUUUAUUGCUAAUUAUUGCAUAAACUCUAUCUAUAAUGCCCUCUGGCGGGGUGCAGAAACUUGGCAAAAGGAACGCUUGAACGGGAGAAAACGUGUAUUCACAAGGCGAUUCACGUGCCGUUCAAGCCCUGGUAUGUGUUUUUCAUAUUCAUAAACUGGUCCACGCGCAGUUACUUCCCUUAGUAAUGGCUGGAUUCAAUGAAGUUAUUAUGAACUUUGUAAAUAACUCCAGCCUUCGACUACUUUCCAAGCAUAAAUUGGAAACUGAAUAAGCAUCAGUUUCCUCAUGUAUGCAGGGAUAAAAGCAAUGGAUAUUUCAAUCCACUUUUCAAAUUAUACCCUCUGAACUCUCUUUACAACAGCUUUAUUUUAUUGGCAACCUCAAUAAAGGUACGGUUAUUUACUCAACACUUACAAAAGACUAUGCUGUAAAUGUAAAUGUUUAUGUACCUACUUAAGAUAAACCUGUACGAAACUGUCGAAAGAAACAUCUAUGAAAACAAUGACUUAUUCUGACGAUAUAUUUAUCCGCCACGACCAGUAAAUUCCAAAAUAAUUCCUCAUUUCUUACUUUGCGCGACGGUAUUUCAAAUUUGCAUUAAUCCACUUUUUAAACACAUUUUCAAUCGAAAACUACCUCGUCAUUUCUGUUGAUGACCGAGUGAAGCAUAUGUAAAACACAACCUUGAACUGUAUGACGUCAUAUGAAAUAAUCGAAUUAUUUUGUCGAUGUCGAAUGAACAUGACAUAUUGUUUUCAAUGUUAUUCAAUGCUAUUUUAAUUUAUUUUGGUAUUUGUGAAUUGUUUAUGCAAUAAUAGCGAAAAUACACAUUUUCUCUGACAUGAUCAUCUGCGGGCGCUCUCGAAAUGCAUCUCAAAAAGGCACGGAUUUUUCGAGCGCCCGCAGAUGAUCAUGCCCUCGAAAACGUGUAUUAUCCCUAUAUUAAUUUACGUUUCACUCUAAUUUCUUCUAAUUAAAAAAAAAUGUUUGGUUUUAUCAUAUGUUUUCAAAUGUUUUAGAUCAACUUUUUGAGUUUCUACUUAUCCAUUAAGAAUUCUAUUUUUAUGAUACAUUGUUCAUACUAAGAUAAAAUGGCUAUUGUUGAAUAUUUUUGAGCUGGGACUCCAAAAUAUUCCUUAUUUGUAAAUCUAGUACAAACAAUUUCUAAGACUUAAAAAUAUUAAACGAUUAUGUAACGAUUAUAUUCUUACUCCGAUACCUUGCCGGAUGUCUUAUGUUUACCCAAACAGGCAUUAUUUUGUUUUUAGGAAAUUAAAAAUUGUCGGCUCCAUUUUUCCUUACUCAUUAACAGAAACUGACAUGGAAUUCUUUGCCUACCACCUUCGGCCUUUAUAUAAGGAUGAAAAUCGUACUCACCCAAAAUGUUUUAUUAAAGUGAAUAGCAAUUGCUUCUGUGCUUAAAUUUAAUCACCAACAAGAUUUAUAUUCAAAUAUUUUACAUUUUCUUUUUAUUCUUCACAAUGGGUGAGUCUGCAUUUAAAUUGAUUAUUGAUUACCAAUGACUUAUACCAUGGGAACGUGUAGAAUUAACGAUAAUAUCCUUGGACGAACAUGAUAUUUAUGUAUUCUGCCAUCACAACUGGGAGUCUUUUCAGUAACGUAUUUCAGACAUAAACGAUACUAGAUCGAAA